AAUAAACUUUUUCUUUUACAUUAACCUCCCAUGUGAAAAAAAAUUAGGAAGAGGUUUACCAGAUGAGCGUUUCUUGAACGGAGGAAAACGUUUAGUAAACGGCGUUAGGAACAUAGAACUUAUAAACAUGGAAGGGGAAUAGGAAGACGCGACUGUGUCCAAGAAGCGAGACAACAAUAUAUAGUUCUGUCUCUUUUCAUUACUUUUCCUCGAAAUGCGCAUGCGCGGUCGGAGUGAGAUUGUGUUAUGUACAUAUAUUGUACAUUUUGGUUGUGUAUGUACGUUGAUAUAAAUCGAGUCAGGUUAUAUUAAAGUUUAGCGACAAAAUCAAGCGUCAGUUUUUGCCUGUGCUAAUUUGUGCUGUGCCUGAUAGAAAAACAAAUUAGAAAAAGAAAAAUGGGAGUGUAUUGUCUGCUGUGCGGCAAUCGAAACAAAACCGUUUCAUAUCACCGGUUUCCGAAAAAUAAGCAAGAUCGAGAAAAAUGGCUAUCCUUCUGUGGAAUCAAGGAGCAGGAUCUUAAUACCGCUACCUUCCUAUGUUCCAAUCAUUUUAAGGAAGAAGAUUUAAAGAAAAAAUUAAAUUGUUUGGACGUGAAUGGGAUGGGUUUAGAACGUUACAACCUCUUAGACGUCCUUAGGACGUCCCUAGGAGAUUUGCCUUCUGGAUUAUAA